AUGGCAGACGUUUUUGAGUUACACGUCUAUUUCGACGACAACUACUUCUUCAUAUCUAGAGCAAGGUCCGGCAUCACUGUAGAUGAGUAUUGUCGUCAGCUGGAAUUCGAAUAUUCCCUUUUGUUUACAGAACAUGUUUCAAUCUUUGGUAUUCAGGACGCCGAUCACGCUGAUCUACCCGUCACCGCAACUCUAUCCCACGUCAUUACAGAUAACAGUGCUAUUUUCCCAAUACGGUCAGUCGUAACAUGCAGCCCAACGCGCUUAGCAAUUCAGCUUUUGACCCUCCCCCACAUCGGACAGCUGGACGCAAUGCAACCAAAGGAACAUCAGUACAAACACCAUAAUCCAGAUAGGUGCAAGCCCUAUUGCCAGCCACUGGCUCCCUUUGGUUGCUGCAAUGAGAUAUGCACCACCUGCGGAGAGGUAAAGGCUUACUUGGCAACCACCGGCAACUACUGCACGCCCUUCUGUUACUCGUCUGAGGUACGGAAGCAGAAGUCACAAAAUAUGGACUUCUGCUCCAUCUGUUUGGGGCGUGUCCGGCAAGGAAAAUAUGUUAAGAAUUGUAUGCACCAAUGCGCGAUCUGUCACCGCCCAUGGUUGAUUUUGAACAGUGCAGGGGUCUGUCGCACUUGUCACUGCGUGAUCACUGGCUCUUCCUCCAAGCUGGGAUCUAAGAAGGACCGUGAUCGCUCUAUAACCAAGGAACUCAUCAAACGGUCCGACAAGAGGGAGGAGAAGUCAUCCUUCAAGCCAAACCCUAUCGUCGUUGUGGGUGAAGGAGCGAUUGACCCUUACAGUCUCUCAGAGGUCCGCGAAAGUCGGCGUCUGAGCCAGGAGAUUGUCAAGGGUGGUUAUGGAGACCUCUCACGUGUGGCAAAGCGUGAGGCACUACUAAAGCUGCAUGGAUAG